AUGCUCCGUGUGCUUGGCCAACGCCUCCCCUCGCUGCGUGCAGUGGUACCAAAUCAUGAAACCUCACGAUUGUUCCACGCAUCAGCUUCUUUUCUACACGUAGACGUGUCUAAAUUUGCAUCUCAUCCGACUGUACACGUCAAGUUCAAGCAGCGGGACGAGUCGAUUCGAGAGGUGGAGGCCAAGACGGGUAUGUCGUUAUUGGAAGUGGCCCACGCUAAUGAUAUCGACCUGGAAGGUGCGUGCGAGGCGUCCAUGGCGUGUUCCACCUGCCACGUGAUUCUGGAGGACUCGGUGUACGAUCGGCUGGACGAGGCCUGUGAGGACGAGGAAGAUAUGCUGGACAUGGCUUUCGGACUUACUGACACGUCGAGAUUAGGUUGCCAGGUAUUUGUGGACGAGAGUUUCGAAGGAACGACAGUGACGCUACCUCGAGCCACUCGCAACUUCUACGUCGAUGGCCAUGUACCCAAGCCGCAUUAA